UGUUUUUUCGGAACUAGCCUGGGGUAUGCAUUGGCUAUGACAAACUCCCUUGCAACAAUUUGGCCAUAUUCAAUUGCCGCCUCGUCACCUUCACCCGCCGAUGUUUUUACGCUAUCCAUACCCGAAACACACAAGGAUCCUGCAGAAACAGUUCCUUUAGGUGUACUAUUAUCUGCUGCGACAAAUGGUAUUCCCGGCCUGAUGAUUAUCAUGCCCCACAGUGGAAAGAUUGUGUAUUGGGAAACCGUUACUAGUGCAGCGUCUUUGGGGUUGCAGAGAGGGAAACAGACAGGCAUUCAGGCUCAGGUAAACAAUUUGUCUUAUGGGGAACAGGUGACAGAUUUGAUCAAUUGCGAGCCUUCUGGAGUCUUGGCCACGUUUUCUAGCGGACGUGUCGCGCACAUAACGCUCAGAGACCCCCAGGGCAAGCCCAUGGUGAGUGCGAAUUUCCUCCGGAACUCACCAACCCAUAGCCGGGCCAGUAGCUUUUUCGGGGGUAUCAAACACGUCCUUGGAAGCAGUUUCUGGAAGAAAGACCUCGCUGCUAUUCGGGCAGGUCAGUCGCAUCAGCGUGGGCAACGCGAUGUCAUCAUUGCCACCAUAUCUGGUGAUGUCGAAAUUUGGGACACGCAUUGGAACAACGGCAGCAUUCUCAGAAAGCAGUAUGACAUAAAGAACCACCUCAACCACUUUCUCAGGGCCCACGAUAUGGAUAUUAUUGAGGAUUCUAGUCUUCAGAUACUCGACUUUGCACUCAGACCCUUGAAAGGCAACACAACGUCCUCGCCAGCCGAGACCGCCGGGGGCUGUCAGAUCCUGUUGGCUAUAGCGCUGCCUAACUCGAAGGGCAACAGUAUUUCUCUGGUGCAGAUGGAUUUGUCAGAAGAGGUCCAUAUUCAUUCUAUCGCCUCUAUUGAUCUGUCCAGCGUUUCUGCUGACUUUGAUACCAUGAAACCGAAAUUGCUUGUUCCCCACCCUGGAGAUACCGCAUUCGUCAUGAUAGGACAUUCAAUUAUACUUGCGUCUUUGACGCAAAUGAAGAACACCGUUUCUGGCACUCAGUUAUACCCAGAUACCGAUCAAAAAUCGCGGGUUGCGCAUGAUUCGCUUACUUUCCGCUCAGGCAAAGGCUACGAGAUCUUAGGCAGUUGUGCCGAAAACCAAACUGUCGAGGGAUCACGUCCUGCCUGUCUUGUUAUGGUCCGAGAUUUUGGUCUUAUUCGUGUGUCGGCAUUCCCUCGUCUAACGACCGAGAACAACGUUGAGAAUGCCGGCGUCUCCGCUAAGCAAAGAAUCGAGCAAGCGAUAUUUUACGGAACAAUGCUAGGCAAUCCUCUGUGUCUGAAUAGAAAGAGUGACUUGGAUUUCCCUCCGGGUGAGAUCGAGCAGGCUGUACUGGAAAUUUGCUCCGAGUUACUACACUCCACCUCGAGAUUUGUACCCACAACAGCAAUAUCCAUGGAUCAGAACUUGCGGUCACGAGCAAAGGCCCUGAAUGAUCUGGCCUCUCUUUUAACGGCACUGAAUUCGACUGUUAACCGGCGAACUUGGUGGGAGCUGUUGUGGGGCGCAGAGAAGCUCGCAGCUCAACGGGCCUUGUGGAAAUUGGAAGAGAAUGCUAGGAGAAGCAAACCCUCUGUGCCAACAUUACUCAGUCACGUCAUUGGAAUCAUGAGCGAUAAAUUCAAAACUUGCAAUGAUAACCCAGCGGAUGAAAUUGAUCCGGUGCGCAGUUGGCUCAUGUACGACACCUUUCGAAUGGAACACAUUGUUCCAUGGAUAUUCAAUGCCAUCAAGCCCCAGAAAGGACAUUCCACAAGGCAAGGGCGAAUGAUGGCCGAACAGAUCUACGAAGCAAGUGAGCUUUCUCUCGCCGUGUUGGAGACCGCUUUUCGAUACCGAGAUGAGCAUGCCAGUCAGUACGGCAUUGGCGAUGGAUAUCUAGAAGAGGGCAUUUUGAUAACCGGCUACGAGGGCCUACCAGAAUUCUGGACGUCGAAGAGCAUUAGCUGUGUGGAGACCGGGCAUCUUUUGGACCUGGAGCUCGACAGCUGCAGAUUAUGGAUUCAAAAGGCAAAUUCGACCGUCGAAACCCCUGAAAACCAAACCAUCAGAAGAAUUGCAGGAAAUUGUGCCCGAAAACUUCAAGUUCUAGGCCUGAUGCACAGUGAAAGAGUCCGGUGGCUUAACGCUCAAGAAGACCCAAAAUUGCUCGAAGAGAGUAUCACUACGGAGCAAGCACUUGUCAAACAACGCAAAUGGCAAUUGUUCAAGUUAGCGGGUAUCGGACAACUGAAAGACGCUAUUGCCAUGGCCGAGAAAUUCCGAGAUAUGGGGGCUUUGGUAGAGCUCAUAAUCGAGUUACAAGAUCAGACCAAAAGUGGAAAUCUCCAACAAGCAUUCCUGGGAAAACAUUCGGGUAGUGAGUCAGAGGACUUAAGUCGGAAGAUUGGCUUAUAUUUUGAGAAGUUUGGGGAGCCAUGGGCAGAUGCCUUCUUCUCACGACAAAUAUCGAUGGGUCAGCCCGGGGUCUUGUUCGCGAUGACAAAGUUCCAACCUUUCGUUACGAAAUUCUUACAUAAAUAUCCGGCUUAUUCCCGCUUAGGCUGGAUCAAUGAUGUGCUUGGCGAACAUAAUUUUGACGUUGCUGCUCGAUCAUUGGAGAACCUGGCCAUUGAACAUGAAUCAGACAUCUGGAGUCAUCGCGCCCAGUUGUCUUUUGCAAAACUUGCCAAGUUGGCGUCGUGGGAGGAAAGCAAUUGCGCAGACAAUGCAGCUCUCCAUCACGAUAUCCGGCGUCUUGAGGACCUCGCAGAAAUCGAUGCAGUUCAGGAGGUCGUCCAUGCCUACAUCACACCAGUAUUACAAGGCGCGAUUGAUCGCAGAGCUGAAAUCGAUCUAGCUGUGGAUCACUUCGGAAAAUCAACUACGGAGGACAAACCAUCGCUCCGUGAGAUCCUACGCGACGCUUUAACUCGAGUAAUCAGCCGACAGGUCGUCGGUGUGGAGCGAUUAGUCGAUUUUUUGACAUUGAUGGACUCCCCUGGUGAUACAGAACUUGAUCAAAAUGAAUUUGCUGGGAAGGAGUUCUACCUGGCUUUGCGUGCCAUUCGGCUCAGCCCUUACGGCCAACGCGACCCACUAUAUAAUGCGGCGUUGCAAAAGCUGGUAUGGCGAAGAUGCAUACUGAAAGACAAUUGGAAGGUUGCAGGACGAGCCGUUCAGGAACUAGAUCGUGAAUUUGAGUCUUUUCUCUAUAAUUCUGCUCUUUUCCGUACGCUCGAUUUGUGCCUGAAAGACCGACAAAACGAAGACAGUAAUGUUUCGCUCUAUGUGCCAACUUCUCCUCGGGAUGUGUCACUCACGGAGUCGGAUCUGGACCUUCUUGUGUCUCGUUUCCCCCUUGAGCAACGCACUAGAAUUGGCCGAGAUCUUGAGUUAGAGAAUGAGAGCUUAUCUCAGAACGUUGAGAUCGGGAAGCUUGAAUUUUGGUUUAAUCAUCUCGUUACAUCUGCUGAAGACGCUGGGCCAACGACAAGCACCGCAAGCAUCACAGACCAAUCUACGAAUCACCAAGGGCAGGCUGAACAAUCCCCACUGUCUGCCGAACGGAUGGAGACGAAGUCUCGUCUAAACUGGCUCUAA